GAGGUGGGUGGGGCCCGUGUGGCGGAAGCGGCUGGAGUCGGGCGGGUCCCCGGUGCGGCGCGCUUCUCGGCUAGGUGGUGUGUGUGUGGGGGGGUUGGUUUGUUUUUUUCUCUCUCUCCCUUCCCCUGUUCCCCCCCCGUUCCUCUUCCUUCUCCUUCCCCCGCCCGGGUUCCGCACCCCCUCCUCACCUCGUCCCGCCCGCAACCGUCGCCAUGAUCCUGCUGGAGGUCAACAACCGCAUCAUUGAGGAGACGCUCGCGCUCAAGUUCGAGGGCGCGGCCGCUGGAAACAAGCCUGAGGCUGUAGAAGUAACAUUUGCAGACUUUGAUGGAGUCCUUUACCAUAUUUCCAAUCCUAAUGGUGAUAAAACAAAGGUUAUGCUCAGCAUUUCUCUGAAAUUCUACAAAGAACUCCAGGAACAUGGUGCUGAUGAGUUGUUGAAGAGAGUAUAUGGAAACUACUUGGUAACUCCAGAGUCUGGUUACAAUGUCUCUUUACUGUAUAACUUGGAGAACCUUCCUGCUGCCAAAGAUUCCAUUGUGCACCAGGCAGGCAUGCUGAAACGCAACUGCUUUGCUUCAGUUUUUGAGAAAUAUUUCAAGUUCCAGGAGGAAGGAAAGGAUGGAGAGAAGAGAGCUGUCAUUCACUACCGGGAUGAUGAGACUAUGUAUGUUGAAGCAAAGAAAGAUCGUGUUACAGUUGUUUUCAGCACGGUAUUUAAAGAUGAUGAUGACGUAGUGAUUGGAAAAGUGUUUAUGCAGGAGUUCAAGGAGGGUCGCCGUGCCAGUCACACAGCCCCUCAAGUGCUCUUCAGUCACAGGGAGCCUCCCUUGGAGCUAAAAGAUACAGAUGCAGCAGUAGGAGAUAACAUUGGAUACAUCACCUUUGUACUGUUCCCUCGCCAUACUAAUGCUGCUGCCAGGGACAACACCAUCAAUUUGAUCCACACGUUCCGGGACUACCUGCACUAUCAUAUCAAAUGCUCCAAGGCUUACAUUCACACACGCAUGAGGGCAAAAACAUCAGACUUCCUCAAAGUACUGAAUCGUGCCAGGCCAGAUGCAGAAAAGAAGGAAAUGAAAACAAUCACGGGGAAGACCUUUGCAUCCCGUUAAUGCCUGAGGUGGGGCAGAUCCGGACAAGGGGCAGAAGGCUGGAGCACUUGCUACCUGAUAAUCGUAGCUUUUUAACGUUGCACCUCUCUGGGCUGUUGAGGAAAUAAAUCCAAUCGGGUUAUGUUUUCUACACACGUUUGGGAAGUGAUCUGCGGAAUCGAGCUGUGCUUGCAAGGACUUAAUAGUUCAGACAAACAAAAAACCUUAAUUCCAUUUUGAUCAACUUUACUUUCUUUCCUUUUCCCUUCUUCCCCUUUUCAAGCUGUUUUGCUUUGCAGUAUGUUUACCGGUAAUGAGUUGCAGUAUUUCUUUGGAGAAUAAUGCAAUAUUAACUUGUUUUUCUUCCAAGUAUUUUGAGUUCACAACUCCUGUACCUGAAGAAAUAUUGUUGGGGUUCAUUAAUAAAGGAAAUCUUUCUAUCUUA